AUGGCGCUGAGACGAUUUUUGGAAGAGGCAAAAGUUCUCCACUUUGAUGCCGACUUGAAAAAUUUGAAAAAAAUUCCAGCCUCAAAUGGUAGCGAUGACGAUGAUGAAGCGAAUCAUCCUGCAACUAAAGUAAAUUUUGCUAACCUCGAUGAAAACAACGACUCUGUCUAUGGCUAUAAUGAUGAUGAAGGUGAUGAAUAUGGUGAAGAUGAUGGCAGAUUUGAUGAAAAGAAUAUCAGUGCUUAUGUUCUUGAAACAAAGAAGAGGAUAGUUAAGAAGAAGAUAAUGAUGAGAAUGGACGAAGAUGAAGAUGGUGGCGAUGAUGAUAACGAUGAUGAUAAUGAUAAUGAUGGCAAGGACGAUGACGUGAUAAAGAAGAAGAUGACGGUGGAGAUGAAAAAGAUGAUGAAGAUGACGAAGAUGAAGAGGAAGAUGAUGGUGAAGAUGAUGCUGAUGAUAACGACGCUUAACGUGCACAUGAAAUAA